AUGAAUACAAUCAUUUCAUCGGAAGAUCUCGAAAGGAUCUUCGUAAAUAACGAAAAAUUCGCGGAUAGAUUUAGAUCAGUUGCAUUUGCGUUAGAAGAAGAUGGGACAUUGCUGCUGAGCACAAUUCAAUCCGUGUUCAAUAAGUCUGAAAGUCUCAACUUUCGUGAUCCCAUAAGUGGAAAAAUAUUUCCAUGCGACUUCAGUGAAUCACGUUUCCACCCACCUGAGAACGGGUGGUCCUCUGAAGUGAUUUACGUAUCCAUCAAUCGCAAACGGAAACGUGACACAUGCAUGGAAAAUGUUCCUGAACCCAACGUUUCACGGCAUUUGCCACAGCCAAAGAAAACGUUUUUCCCGCGUGAAAGUGUUCAAGUAGGAUGGAACAAUAUUGGUCGAAAGUGGUCACCAGGAUGUGGUUUUGUCAACACAUAUAACACAUGUUAUCUGAACUCUGCUCUCCAAGCACUUUUUCAUAUUCCUGCGCUUUCUAAUUGGCUUAUUGCUGAUAAGGAUAAUUGCAAUCAAGAUGGUCAAAUUUGCAUUAUUUGUGCAAUGUCGCAAACAUUAAUUAGUUCACAACGACAACAACAUUCAAUGAUACCAUCGUUGAUAAUAAAUCGUCUCCAGACCAUUUGUCCUCAUUUCAUAACAGGGCGACAAGAAGAUGCCCAAGAAUUUAUACAAUAUCUGGUGGAACAAAUGGAGAAGGCUUAUUUGAAUCGUUCAAAAGCGAUUGUAAACUUGAAAGAGUUGGAUCAUUACAGCAAAGAAACAACACCGCUUAGCCAGAUUCUUGGUGGUUAUAUUUGUUCAACCGUAACUUGCCUAGCAUGUAAACACGAAUCGAUCACAUUUCAAUAUUUUAAAGAUCUGCAGUUGGACAUCACUCGUGCUUCAACAUUGGAUGAGGCUCUCACAGGGUAUUUUUCACGUGAGAAUCUUGAGAAAUGUGGAUACGAAUGUGAGUCGUGUAAGAGAAAAGUGUCAGCAACAAAAAGAUUCAGUCUUGAACGAGCUCCAGUUGUCCUCUGCAUACAAUUGAAGCGUUUCAAUGUUAUGGGUGGAAAACUUGACAAGCAGAUUCAGAUCAGUCAAAACAUGGAUCUUCAAAAACAUUUGGCAAAAUCUUGCGAUCCAACACAAAGUUGCUAUUAUCGACUGGUCUCACUUGUGACACAUCUUGGUGGAUCAGCUUCUGGUGGUCAUUACACUGCGAUUGGAUUGACUCCUUACGGUAAUUAUUAUGAAUUUGAUGACUCUUGCGUGUAUCAAAUUUCAACGGAAAGUGAUCUUUGCACAAAUGCGUAUCUACUUUUCUACGAACUUCUGACGAAACAAAAAAAUAAAGCAACUCAUCAAGGCAGCAGUUACGAAGAAGUUCCUUGUGAAAUUUUUGAAAUCAGUGAUAAUGAAGAAGUUCCUUGUGAAAUCAGUGAUGACGGAAGUGACCACUGUAAUAAAAAUGCAGCAGAUAAUCCUUCAUCAACGACCUCUGCACCGAUUUGGCAAUCUGAAAAAUUUUUGGAGCUGAGAAAUUUUUCCAGAGAUUUAAAUAACUCGUGGGUA